CUCACAACACUGAGCUGGAACCGAGCGCUGCCUCUGAUUUUCACCCGGGAUUUUCCACUCGCUGCUUCCGGAAUCUCCAGCUUUUAGAUUCCUGACCUCAGAAAGGAAACCGGACCAGCUAUUUAUCUCCCGCAGCUUUUCCAAAAAUCCUCGAGCCCAUUUUCACUUUUCGAAUGUAAUGCCACACAUUAAAGCCGACAGCAUGGCAGUGCCAGUGAGAGCACCGAGCACACUCCACACUCACACCGUUCGGCAGCACAGGCGCUCGCUCCCGGAUCACAAGCGGCUCCGAUUCGACUUUCCGAGUUUAAAUCCACUCGCAAGAACCGUUUUCGCCGCGGAACCACGAAGCCGCCGGUUUCUCAUCUUUCACAUCGGUGUUUCACUCUGGGUCGCUUGAUCAUGGCUUUGGCGAGUAUCUGGAGAUUUUGGAUGGUGUUGCUCUUCUUGUCCGGAACCCUCAGUCUUGGAUGUGAGAGGCUGCAGUUACAGCAAGUUCUCAACACAGAGACUCUCAGCAAACUGAAUGCAAUGGGCGGACCCUUUCCUCGACAUUGUAUAAGACAGAGACUCUCACUGAAAACCAAACCCUUGAACCUAGUGAAACUCUCGAAGGAAUUAGAGGACAGGAUCCAGAUUGUCCACCAAACGCUUUGUCACAUCAGCAAGAUCUACAGCAUGAAUCUGGGUUCAGUCACAUGGGCCCGGGACAAGGUGGAAAAAUUCCGGCUUCUCCUGGAUCGGCAGCUCGGUGAGCUAGAAGAAUGUAUCAGGAAAACAGGAUCAGAGCACAAGUUGAGGAGAAACUCUGCCAUUCACAAUUACUUUAGGAAACUGGAAAAGUUUCUCAAACAGGAGAAAUUCAGUGACUGUGCCUGGGAAAUAAUCCGCACUGAGACCAGGGCCCGUUUACAACAACUCCUUUUCGUCAUAGCACAAAUCAGCAGAAGAAACUGA